CUUCUGUCAAAACAUUCAAAUAUCAGCUGGCUUCUGUUUUCUUUUUUGUAAAUUUGCAAAAUAAAUUUAAAUAUUUUUAAAAAAUGAACGAAGAGAUAGACGACAGCGAGUUUUACCAUCAAGAUUUUACCACUGCAUCAGAAUGGGAAGUUUUUAUGGCAAGAAUAGAAGAAAUUAUAAGCCAAUGGAAAAUUGAUAAAGAGAGAAGUGAGAAACCUUUAGAUACAGAAAGCAUAUGGAGCAUUAAAAGCGAAAGACUAAAUUUUGCAGAUGAACAUUUUUAUUUAUACUUAUAUUCUAAACAAAUAGCAUGUUCUGCUAUCACUGAAAUUAAUGAAGAAAAGGAGGAUAACCCACAAAAAAAUCCCAUUGAUUCUUUGCACGAUUUUGAACUUUAUAAUGAAAAUAAUAAUGAAGUACAUUCUUGUUUAUCCAUUUGGUAUGGGUUGAAUGAAUUUAUUGUACUAUCACCUGCAAGUAAUGGCGGAAUUAUUAAUGAAAGCAAAAUAAAAAUGCUUCUAAGUUCCAUAUAUGUGGUCGAAGGUAAUUUAGUGGCUUCUGAAAAUUUAAACUCGAUACCAAUUUUUAUUCAAAUUCGGGAAAAAUGGCAGAGAUUAUAUCUAGGAGUGUUUGCUAAUGAAGUGAUAAGGACUAACUUUGAAAUGGUGCACUUGAAAAAGGGACUGCCUUACUGUAAUUAUCUUUCUGGUUUACUAGACCUAUUUAAAACGAAGAUUUCAUCACCAUGUACUAUUGAUCAAUUCAUCGUUUCUACCCAAUUUACUUUUACCUUGUCUGAAUUUGGAGGUUUUGUAUGGAAACAGGAUUUGUUACAUCAAAAUUAUGACAUUGAAUCUUUGUUCAUAUUACCAUUUGGUGUUAGCGUUGAUCCAAUCAGUGCUUUAAUUUUGAAGACAACAUGGAAUCAUUUGCCAGAUAAUUUGGUGGUUGAUAGUGAAAAUUAUACAGAUUUUGAUCCAAUGGCAGCUAUGAAAUGGUCAUGUUUAAUAAAAAGUACGAAUGAUCCCGUUUGUUUAAUGGGAGACGCAAUGACGGAGUUUUUACAAAAUCUUAAUAACAGUUUUACUAUUUACGACAUAUUGGGAGAUUUUGCUUCAUUACCAAGUUCAGAAAAUAAUCCAUUAGAUUUGUUAACUGAACCCAACGUUCCAACUCUUUCGAGACUUUUAACCAGAACAGCAAGACAUUCAUUAACUAGAAAUAAGAGGAAUAAUCCACCACUAUCUGAAUCUGUUCUUGUGCCAUUGUUGUAUUUUUUAUUUCCGGAUGCAGAUGAAAAAUCUAAUUUUCCCUAUGGUAGAGAAGAAAAGGAACAUGUAGAACCUAGUGAACAGAUUUUGUUUAAAAACUUCGAUGAAGAGUUCAAGGGAUUCAAAACUUGUAGUCCAGAUUCUCUCGUUUGGAGGUUGUCAAUUAUAUUGACACAUUGCCUUCAAAGUUUGGGUGGUUUGCGCGCUUUUGCUCACAUAUGGUAUGAAUUUGUUCAGGAAAUGCGGUACCGCUGGGAGAAAUCGAUGCCUAUUCCUGGAUUAUCUCCAGGACUACCAGACCUUCGAACAUGUCUUCUCAAUCAAAAACUCCAAAUGCUCAAUUGUUGCAUAGACCGCAAACUAUCCCGAGAUAAUGCCCAAGUAAGCUUCGAUUCAGCAGAAAAUUCCUCAACCGACGACGAUGACGAAUUCUUUGAUUGUUCGGAAAAACCCACAGAGGAAAAACACAAAGAAAAAUUGUCACUUUGGAACCAACCAGUUGGAAGGCUCAGCAAAUUCGGUAAUUUGAAGCUGAUCAAAACCGGAGAUCCCUUAUAUAUUCCCGUGACGCAAGAUCCGGUUUUGAAAACUGAAGAUCAGUUAGAAGAAGAUACCGAUGUUCUUCUUCAAUUAGGAUCAGAUGCUGAAGCUAUGGAGCUGAGGGCUCGAAUUAUGAGUGCGUCUUUGUUAUCUGAUAUGGAAUCUUUUAAAGCUGCAAAUCCAGGUUCUGUCAUUGAUGACUUCAUUCGAUGGUACUCUCCUCGAGACUGGAUAGAAGAAGAGGACAAAGUCGACGAAUGGGGUCAAAAAGUGGGCCAAUUGAGUCCCAGAAUGCUCAUAGAAGACAAUAUUUGGACGGAAAUGUGGUUAUCAGCCAAACCUGUACCUGCUCAUAGACAGAAAAGAUUGUUCGAUGACACUAGAGAAGCCGAAAAGGUGUUGCAGUUUUUGGAUUUGAGAACUAUUUCGCAGAUUUGCGAGCUCAUCAUACCAGUCCUAUCGCACACCGCCAUCUACAGAUUGAUGGAAGAGUGCCAGUCGCUAGCGUCCGACGAAAUACAGUUUCCCGCAAAAAUAUCGAAUCUUAUACGCAAAGGCGAAGUAUUGACGCGCGAGACGAGACCACAACCGCGCAGAUUCGAGGCUAUUAUCCAAGAGGCGGCAGCACUUGAACUGCUGAUAUCCGAAAUGAAUUCCCUACAUUACAAACUAAACCCUUCCAGAGCAAUAAAUGAUGAAAUAAACGAUUUAGUGGUCAAGUUGGUAACAGGAAGGGAGGUCGCUGUGGAAAAUAGGGCCAACUCGGAAAUUGGAAGUAGGAUCGUUUCCAUGUUCGGCGAGGCGCAGAAAAUGACUAAUCUGAGUAUAGGCGAGCAAUAUGAGGAAGGAAGAAACGCAAUUAAUAAUGUGUUUCCUGUACCCACCGCGAGAGAGUUUGUUUUGAGAGCGAAUGCCGUUAAGCCGGCUGUAUACUCCUCGAAAUGCCCGCAGUUUUUGAGAGCUGUAUUGAGCAAAGAUGAAUUUAGGUUGUGCGGAGCAUGGUCCGAGGAUACUGUUUUCUUUUGAACAGUUAUUGUGAGAGGAGAGUAAAGGUGCUAAUAUUCGAUAUAUAAUUUUUUUAUAAUUCCGGAUCUAUACUAUAAAAUAGAUAAUUAAUGUUUACAUCAUUAAGUUCUAAAUAAUUAUUGAUUUUAUUUUAAUCCCUAUCUUUUUUGUUCGAUAGUCCACUGCCUUUUUAGAAAUAUGUGGUGUGUUAGUAAUGACGUACAAAAUGAGCUAGACAAAGUUGUUUAUAAAUUCAAUAUCUAGUUUUUUAAUAGAUAUUACUUCUUUAUCAAGUGAUUUUAGGUCUUAACAUAUAUUAUGUAGAUAGGAUCAUUUUAAAGGUCCAAAAAAUUAUCGGUAAUACCCAGCGAAAACAAAGUUAAUAAAUUCUUUAGAAAUUUUCAAAUAGCUAUAUUUUUUAAAACCCACUAUGAAAUAAUGAAAAAAACAUCCUGGAAAAUAUUUUGUUAAUCGUAGGUUUGGAUGUGUUA